AUGGCGCGGAGGAGGCGCGUCUCGCCGUUCCCGCCGCUGGGCAGGCGCAGCCCUGCAGUCAAAGCUGGAGGUAUGAGAGUGUCUAAAAAGCAAGAAAACGGACCUGUUGAGAAAAAUGCUAAACCUCCAGGAAAAGAAAAGACAAGUGCUAUUGCCAGUUUUUCAAAAACUCAGAACAUGGGUGUCUUGCUAGCAGUAGUGCUGAGCAAAAUGAGCCACAAAAUUCAUGUAGCAGCAUUACAAGUGGCUCACCAAAAGCCACAGCCUGCCUUGGAGAAGUUCAUACUGCCUAAAAGAAUUCACAUUAUUCAACAGCCACGAAAAUGUUAAGCUAUUCAUUAAAAUACUCAUGUUUACUUAAAAGCGAGUUUCUAUUCUAAGUAGCACUUAGCACACUGUGGUAAAAUGAUCAAAAGAUGUGUGCCUUGUAUCUUACUGUAUUUCUGUUACUGACAAUAAAGUACUUUAUA